AAAAAAACCCACAAACAAGACAAGUCUCUCAAACAUAACAAGACCCCAAAACCCCUAGCUAAUCAACAAAGAAAUUAAACCCCUCCUCCUCUUCACUUCCUUCUCCUCCUCCUCCUCCUCCUCCUCCAUGUCUGAUGAACCAAGAAAUCUCUACUAUGAUUCUCCAUUUCUUUACAACAAUGAUGUUCACGGUGUUAAUAGUGGGUUAGGGAUGUACACAUCUAACAAGCCUGCUCCUGGAUUAUCAUAUGGUGCACCACAAGGGUUUGGUUCUUCUUCUUCAUCACAAACAAGCUUCACUGAGGUAUUGCAUGGAUCCAUGGACUACAAUUCACUUGCAAAGGCCAUUGGCUUGUCCCCGCCGCCGUCGUCGGAUGUGUUCUCAUCCACCACAGAAGGAGAUCAGACAAAGACUAUUGAAAUUGAAAACACUCCAGCCACUCCAGCCACCCCAAAUACCUCAGGCUCCUUCUCUUCUUGUGAAGCUGGUGGUGAUGAAGAGAAGAAAGAUCAAAAGCAGCCAAAAGAUUCAGAAUUGUUGGAUGGAGGGGAAUGCUCUAAGAAAGUGAACAACAAUAAGGGGAAGAAGAAAGGAGAGAAGAGGGAAAGAGAGCCACGAUUUGCUUUCAUGACUAAAAGUGAAGUUGAUCAUCUAGAAGAUGGUUAUAGAUGGAGAAAAUAUGGGCAAAAGGCAGUCAAGAACAGUCCUUAUCCUAGAAGCUACUACCGGUGCACGACUCAGAAAUGUAAGGUUUUGAAAAGAGUGGAGAGAUCAUUUGAAGAUCCAUCAAUGGUGAUUACAACAUAUGAAGGACAACACAACCAUCCAGUGCCAACAACACUUAGAGGAAAUGCUGCUGCAAUGUUUUCACCUUCAAUUAUAACACCAUCUCCGAUUUUCUGCGGACCGAGCAAUUAUCCUCAUAAUCAAUAUCAUCAAGACAUGUUCUUUCAAUUUCCUUCAAAGAGUAACCAAGUUCUUGGUGGUGGUGGUGGUGGUGGUGCAACUAAUUCUCUGUAUAAUCAACAGAAUGUGAACCCUUUCCUGCAGCAGUAUCAUCAUCAUCAAGUUGCUUCUUCUCAUGACUAUGGACUUCUCCAAGACAUGUUUCCUUCAAUGUUCCCCAAACAAAAGCCAUGAAGACUACUAGUCUACACCCUCUUUUCUUAUAAAUGGAUCUUUAAUAUGGUACAAUGUAUAAAUAUAUAUAUAUAUAUAUAUAUAUAUAUAUAUAUAUAUAUCUAUAUAUAGAUAUUUAUACUGCUUAGUUUAAUUUGCUAACGUGAUUAGGAUACAAAUAAUUUCUUGAUAUUGAGAAGUCAUGAUCACUUCAUCAAGAUACUAUGUAUUUUGAAGUGAAAUUGGAUUCCCAGUACGUACGUAGUAGUGGAUGCAUGAGAGAAGAGGAGUAUUAAUUGUUGGUGUGUUUUUGAGAAAACCUAGCUAAUUAGAUUAAUUAGUGUUGUAGAUCGAAGGAUUGCAUGUUAUUGUACUAAAAUAUUGUAGUCCAUGCUGCUCUUUUAAUUUAUGAUGAGUUUAGUGGAAUUGAGAGAUCCUUUUAUUGGAUUCUAAUUCACGAAUCUAGAAAUUUAUAGAUAUGUAUUCUUUUUUGUAA